AUGUCGACCAACUCAAUCAAACUUUUAGCCAGUGAUAUUGACAGGCAUCUUGCGGAGCUUGUAGCCAAGCGCCUGGGACUCGCCCUUUCAUCAGUGUAUUUCAUAAGAGACUCUAAUAAAGAAAUCACUUUCUCUAUUGGAGAGUCUAUCAGAGAUGAAGACAUUUACAUUAUCAUGCAAAUAGGUUCUGGUCCUGUCAACGACAAAGUUCUUGAGUUACUCAUUAUGAUAAACGCUUGCAAAACUGCGUCUGCCAGAAGAAUCACUGCUGUACUACCCAACUUUCCAUACGCACGUCAAGAUCGUAAGGAUAAAAGCAGAGCUCCAAUCACUGCCAAGUUGAUGGCCGAUAUGUUGACGACUGCAGGAUGUGAUCAUGUGAUCACGAUGGAUUUGCAUGCUGCGCAAAUUCAGGGUUUCUUUGACAGUCCCGUCGAUAACUUGUAUGCAGAGCCUUCUGUCCUCAGAUAUAUCCGAGAGAACCUGGACGUUAAAAACGCUAUCAUGGUGUCACCAGAUGCCGGUGGUGCUAAAAGGGCCGCCGCUUUGGCCGAUAGAUUGGAUUUGAACUUUGCAUUGAUCCACAAGGAGAGAGCCAGAGCCAACGAGGUGAGUCGUAUGGUUCUUGUUGGUGAUGUUGCAAAUAAAGUGUGCAUCAUUGUCGAUGAUAUGGCUGAUACCUGCGGUACAUUGUCGAAGGCAGCCGAGGUGUUACUGGAUAAUGGGGCUCAUUCUGUCAUUGCUAUCGUGACUCACGGUAUCUUGAGUGGUAAAGCCAUCGAUAACAUUAAUAGCUCUAGGCUUUCCAAGGUCGUUUGUACCAACACUGUGCCAUUUGAAGACAAGAUGAAACUUUGCCCUAAGUUAGAUUCUAUAGACAUCUCUGGUGUCUUGGCUGAGGCCAUUAGAAGAUUACACAACGGUGAAAGUGUCUCCUUCCUAUUCAGAAACGCUCCUUACUAA